GGCGCGCAUGUGCAGACACGCCGGCCGCGGGCGCGGGCGGGAGUGUCCAGGCUCUUCCUGGCGGUGUUCGCAACUCCGAGCGCCAGGCUCCGCUCUGCUGUCUACACCACGUUCCGCGAAGCGAGCCGACGGCAUGGCGGCCAACUAUUCCAGCACAAGUCACAGGAAAGAGCACGUCAGAACCACCACAGAGGCCCAGCCGGGCUUUCUGGAGCGGCUGAGUGAGACGUCGGGGGGGAUGUUGGUGGGGCUCUUGACCUUCCUGCUCUCCUUCUACUUGAUCUUCACCAAUGAGGGCCGGGCACUGAAGUCCGCCAGCUCCCUGGCUGAGGGGCUCUCGCUGGUGGUGUCCCCCGACAGCAUCCACACUGUGGCCCCUGAGAACGAGGGCCGGCUGGUGCACGUCAUCGGGGCCCUGCGCACGUCCAAGCUCCUGUCUGACCCCAACUAUGGCGUCCACCUUCCAGCUGUGAAGCUGCGGCGGCAAGUGGAGAUGUACCAGUGGGUGGAGACUGAGGAGACGAGGGAAUACACGGAAGAUGGGCAGGUGAAGACUGAGCGGAGGUUCUCCUACAACACGGAGUGGAGGUCGGAAAUCAUCAACAGCAGGAACUUCGACCGAGAGCUCGGCCACAAAAACCCCAGCGCCAUGGCAGUGGAGUCCUUUACGGCCUCGGCACCCUUCGUGCAGAUUGGCAGGUUCUUCCUGUCGGCAGGCCUCAUCGAGAAAGUGGACAACUUCAAGCCCCUGAGCCUGUCCAAGAUGGAAGACCCACAUGUGGACAUUGUCCGCCGGGGCGACCACUUCUACCACAGUGAAAACCCCAAGUACCCUGAGGUGGGAGACUUGCGAGUGUCCUUCUCCUACGCGGGGCUGAGCAGCGACCAUCCGGACCUGGGCCCAGCUCACGUGGUCACGGUCAUCGCCCGGCAGAGGGGUGACCAGCUUGGUCCUUACUCCACCAAGUCUGGGGACACCCUGCUUCUGCUGCACCAUGGGGACUUCUCAGCAGAGGAGGUGUUUCGCAGAGAGCAGAAAAGCAACGCCCUGAAAACCUGGGGGUUGCGGGCGGCCGGCUGGGUAGCCAUGUUCAUGGGCCUCAACCUCAUGACUCGGAUCCUCUAUACCCUGGUGGACUGGUUCCCCAUCUUCCGAGACCUGGUCAACAUCGGCCUGAAGGCCUUUGCCUUCUGUGUGGCCACCUCGCUGACCCUGCUGACUGUGGCCGCUGGCUGGCUCUUCUACCGCCCACUGUGGGCAGCGCUUCUUGGCUGUCUGGCCCUGCUGCCCCUUUUCAUCGCCCGGGCACGGGCGCCCGCCAAGAAGCUGGAAUAAGGCCCCCUGCAUCCUGGCCCUGUCCCAGACCUGUCCUGGGCAUGCACCUGCUGGACUGGGAGUGCCCCCCCAAUAACCUGCUCUCACUGCUUUGGUCUGGGACCUUCGUCUUCCCCACCCUUGGACACAAGGCCAGGGCUCUGCCACAGCCCUGCCCAGGGCCCACAGGGAGGAGCCCAGGAGACUGAACCUGAUGAGCUUUGGGACAAAGCCUUCUGCAGCUUCACCAGAGGUGAAUGUGUGGGCCACCCUGGGCCUGUCGCUCUGCUCCCCCCAGAGCUUGCUGCUCCCCCCUGCUGUGCUCCCCUCUUCUCUAGCUCCCCCCAGGGGCUGUAGGAAAACUAGAAGCCAGAGGAAACUCACUAGCUUCUCCAAUGCAGGGUGGCAGCUCAGACUGUUACAGAAAAACACAGGAACCCAGUUUACACGCUAAUUCAGCACAGCGGCCAAGCCAACUGUCACUCAGGCCCUCUGCAUCCCUUCUGAGGUAGCAUGUGCUGUCCCCUGCCAUCAGUGUGCCUGUAUCAUGUCCUCUAUCCAGCCACUAGGAAAUAGCUGGAACUAUUGUUCUGAGCAGCUGUUUCCUCACAGCCUGGUAAGCCAGCCCCAGGGCUGGCAGAACAACGCUGGUUCCUGGGCCUGCCUGUGGUGGCACCAGUGUUGGCUGCUGUGAGGGCUUCUAUGCCACAACCCAUGGUUCUGCUCUAACAUGAGUGGCAUGCUUGGUUCACCCCUCACCACUGUGCCUGGCUCCCAGGAAUGCUGCUCACUGGCGGCUAGAGCUACGGACUCAGCUGGCAUGACUGGGACGGUCUAGGUGAUUAGGUGGCAGCCAAAUCCUUGGGAUUGAAAGCCUUUUCAAGCAGGAGUUUUAAAUAACCAUCUUCAAGUACUCCCAGAGCAGUAUUCUGAAACCUUUGGAAAAUCAUGUCUGUAUCUUUGUAUUUUUGACAAUCGGAAUAAAGUUUUAACUAUCAUUUA